AUGAAUAAGAUACCGAUUGUGUCGCUCCUUAAUCCAUCACCUAACGAGUCCCUUAAUACACGGAAAAAUAUUUCAGCAUCUUCAAAUUUUACUCUAAGAAGGUCUAAUUAUGAAUGCGAUAAUUUACAUAAAUUAAGAAAUGAACUACUAAACCUACAUACCAAAAUACGUUGCACGAACAUCGAUAAUCAAGAGAUAAACAGGACACUGAAUAAAGUUCUUCAUGGUUUAAAAACCUUGAGCACGGAAACAAAAUAUUCAACCCCAGAUCGAGUAGUCAUCCAAAAUAUUUCUCAGUUAACCGCAAUUAUUGUAAAAUUAGUCAAAAAAAGAGAGAACUUCAUACAUUACGAAAAGGGUAUAAUAGAUCUGAAGGAAACUUCUAAUGACAAAUGUGGAAUCAUUUUUAACGUGGUAACAAAAGAUAUGAUGGAGAACGGUGGUAAAGGUGUGAACUCCUAUAAAGGCCAUAGACUACCAAAGCAAUAUGUUCUCAUACUCGAAAACUGGUAUAGAAAACAUGUUGAAAAUCCAUACCUUAACGAUAAUGAUAUCCGAUAUUUAAUGAGGGAAACUGGUUUCUCUCGUAGCCAAGUAAAAAACUGGGUUGCAAAUAAACGACGGAAAGACAAACAUUCGACUAUAUCCCCUGAAUUAUCAGAUUUACUAGCUAAUUAA